AUGAUGGAAGGAUUUGUUGAUAUCAACUUUAUUAAUCACAUUGAUCAAUUCAAUAUUAGAAAAGUAAUUAUUGAAUUUGAUAAACAAGAAAUAUUAGAAUCAGUCAUUAAAAAUAAGAAACUCCUUAAAAGAAUUACAUUUUGUUACAAAGAAUGUUAUUGUACUAUUUCUAAUGAUGGUAUUAUUCACAAUAAACGAAUAACUGAUGGAUUUGACAUAACAGAAAAAGGAUUUAAUAAUGAUACAAUACUUCAGUAUUAUCCUGAACAUAUAAAAAUAAAUGGAUUUAUCAACAAGAAAAUUGAAAUGGAUUUUAGUUCAUUCACAUUCAUAAAAUCAAUCAAAUCAACAACAUCUUCAAUUUGUUUCAAUCCACCAACUCCUUUAACACAUUUAGAUUCAAAAUAUUUCUAUGAAAUAUCUUCUCUUAAAGAAUUACAUCUUCAAUGA